AUGCACGAUAGCGAAAUAUGGUGGCUGGAAAGAAAAGAGGAGGGAAAAAGGUUGAGAGAUGAAGAGAUCGGGUCCAGCGAACGCGAGAUAGCUGGGUCCAGGUCGGGUUUACUAUUUGAAAUUCAAAUGGGGCCUCAAAAAGAUUUGAAUCCUGCUGCGCGCAAUCAAAGAUGCACCACUGUGAUACUUCCGUGUGUUGUGGGGGAGAUAUGUCUCAGACUCUUACGGAACAGACAGGAAACCAAGAUCAUCCAGAAGAAACCGGGACACGUUUGGCGUUGGAACGCGAUCACCGAGGAAUUCGAGCAGCUCGAGGCGCUAAAGUGGAACGACACUGCUUUCUGCAGCGUCAACGCGAUAAACGACAUGCGUGGAAGGACCCUCGUCGUCGAUACGGAUUUUAUGAGUCCAUAUAUCUUCAUAGAUACGAAUAAGAACGAAGUGACGGGAUUCAUAGGAGAUACCUGGACGGCAUUGGAAGAAGCUUUGAAAUUCAAGACGAUUUACCGAAGAAAGACACGCGCCACCGCGACCCUGAUGAAUGGAGAUACUGACGCACUGCUGAUCGCCACGGCGAUGCACUCGUACACGUCGAGUUAUUACGCCUACAGCGUGCCGCUCACAACCAACUCAUACAAUCUAUUUGUUCAGUCGGAGGGUGCGGUUAUCACCAAAUGGUGGUACAUUAAUAUCUUCAGUCAUGGUUUAUGGCUAGCUUCUCUGAUAUCCGUUAUUUGUAUUGCAUUCAGCAUCAUGGGAAUAUAUCAUGUAAAGAAGCUUAUCUAUAUUAAUUACGAAGAGUUCAAUGAUGAGCUUUCCACAUUAUCUUUCAAUUUCCUGUACGUCUUAGGUGGCAUGACUGGCCAAGGGUUUCAGGAAAUACCGACAAGUUGGCCUCUCCGAUUAAUAAUUCUAUCUUUUAUGGUGAUGGGGAUGUUGUUGUCAUGCGGAUUCUGCAGUGCUCUUACCUCCGGUCUGGCGAAUAUAGGAAACUCCGUUCCUCUAGAUAAUCUCGACGACGUGGCGAUGAGUAGGACACACACGCUUUGUGUCAGAAACGACAGCAGUGCAUAUCGUUAUUUUACAGUGGAUGGAUCAGAGAAAGGUGAGCUACGAGCUGUAUGGAAAGGAUUGGUAAACGAUGACUGCCCCGACAUGAAGGACAGUGAGAUUGCCGCUUCGAUAUUAUGCCGUCCUGAUUUCGCCUAUUUGGAAAUACCUGUCAUGUUUCUGUCAAUUUAUCGUAAAGUUGAGCACAAUUGCCACAUAAUACAACUGCCCGACACUUAUUGGACCGUCAGAAUGUCGUUUCUGCAUGCCAGAGUAGCGCAACAUCGGCGAUUAAUUGACACUUACUUAAUGCGUAUGCGUUCGGCCGGAAUAUUCAGACAUCUUGAAAAAAAGUGGAUCUCAGAAGAAACUUAUAGACGAUCUAAUUAUUAUCUUCAUUCGAACAGUUUCCACCCGGUGGACUACGUGCACAUUCAUUUAACUAUUUGUUUGUUCUUCAUAAUGGUUAUUAUCAGUGUAUUAAUUUGCAUUUUGGAAAACAUGUGGUAUAAAUUGCAAUGGAAGAAGAUAAAUUUUAAUUUGAUAUUAUUGGAAACAUGCGUUAAUAAUUUAAAUGCAACAAAGACACAUCAUAAAGCGAGAUUAAGAUAUAAAAGAUCACGUAAGCUCAACUCGACAUUAUCUGAAAAUAUAAAAAAUCCUACAUUUCUUCAGAACGUAACAGUGCGAAUUAAUCGAUGGUAAAAAAUAUCGUAUAUUUGUGAUUAUUAAUAUCCUUGAAUCUUAUAUUAAUCUUACAUCAACAAUAUUAUCUCUAUAUUUUCGAUAAACGAGAUAAUCCACACGAGUAUUCCAAAGCUAAUAUCUCAAACCUGUCUUUAGUAUUAUAAAAAAAUUACAUGCACAUAUG